AUGGCAUCCAUACAUCCUGGCAGUGUCGCAGCUUUCGACCCGGAUAACGAGAUUGCGACGAAGCCACAAAGACCACCAAGCCUUGACGUCUCGCUGAACAGCCUUCUCGGACACCUAGAGAGUGUCGACAAGAUCCUUGUGUAUGCAUUUGGUGCAUUCGACCGAUAUUAUAUCUGCUGGCAGGACAGGCACGGGGAAUAUAGACAAGAAAGACACGGCCUCCCUUGCGCGCUCGAUGAAUGGCUUUUCCCUCCCGACGGGACCAGCAGGGAUCUCGAGACUCUUCAGGUCUCCCUUGGCCACAACGACGAAUUCUUCGCCUUCGACCGGUACGAGCGGAUAUCGCACAUCAACACCAACCUGCGAGAAAAUGUGAACAGCAGCAGUAUUCAUCAUAAAUCCGUCCCACAAGCCGGGGCGGACAUGGUUGACCAAAGAAUGGCGUUUCGAAGAAAGUCACAUACAUUUUCGCACCCAGAGGACAAUAGUAGCCGAGAGGACGACCAACAACAGCGCUUAUCGAUGCAACAGCGGCGGCAAGGACUCAAGAAGAGAAUCAGACCACGGAGCAUUGCAAUCGCAGGAGUGCUGUCACUGAGGGCGUCGCACGAAAGGGACAAAAGCCAUCAGGACCCGGCUUUGAAAGAAGCGUGGCCAGACGUGUCUAGUAUGAAUCAACGUCGACAACCCAUGCUUCCGCUUCGACGACGUGUCACGUAUUCAGACGCCGGAGUCCAGACGGAUCCAGUGCAGGAUGGACAUCGUGAAGCUGCUGAGGACACUGCAUUCCACAACAUGGCAUCACCAAAACCAAAGAGGUCUUGUGUCUCCUCCAUUUCCUCAUUUUCGUCCCUCCUUUCAGACAGCUCUUCAGAAACGGUGGAUUCGGCCAUCUCUCUUUCGAGCACCUCUUCUUCCGCAUACUACUACUCGAAGAACCCCAUCAGCAUGGGGGCGAUGAAUCGGUACUUCAGAGAAAGCCAGUACCGACUUGGGGACGCUCUUAUUAGAGCGCCGCCUGCUGGAAUUGGUGCCCACUGA